CAGCCCCGCCCACGCGCCCCACUGAGCGGUUUAAAUGGAAAGGAUAGCCAUUUGACAGGGGUCUUUUGGACUGUUCGUGCGAGGAGUACCUCUUCAGAACCGGAUGCUCCAAACCACAACUUUUCUCUUGCUACGCUGUCCUCGAAACGCGUUUCCUUCUCUUUAAUUACGUGCGCCUCCACCUGGCACAAAAAUGUCCAAGAAGGCCCCUAACGAGGACGAGAAGUUCCUCUACGUCGACAAGGACUUCCUGAACAGCCCCAUGGCUCAGGCCGACUGGUCGGCCAAGAAGCUGGUAUGGGUCCCCUCGGAGAGGCAUGGUUUUGAGGCCGCAAGCGUCAAAGAGGAGCACGGAGACGAGGUCCUGGUGGAGCUGGCCGACAACGGCAAGAAGGUGACAGUCAACAAGGAUGACAUCCAGAAGAUGAACCCACCCAAGUUCAGCAAGGUGGAAGACAUGGCGGAGCUCACAUGUCUGAACGAGGCCUCGGUGCUGCACAAUAUCCGCGAGAGGUACUUCUCGGGACUUAUUUAUACGUACUCUGGCCUGUUCUGCGUGGUGGUGAACCCCUACAAGAUGUUGCCCAUUUACUCAGAGAAGAUCAUUGACAUGUACAAAGGGAAGAAGCGCCAUGAAGUCCCACCACAUAUCUACUCGAUCACCGACAACGCCUACAGGAACAUGAUGCAAGAUCGUGAGGACCAGUCCAUUCUCUGCACUGGGGAGUCUGGCGCUGGCAAGACAGAGAACACCAAGAAGGUGAUCCAGUAUCUGGCUGUCGUGGCUUCAUCGCACAAAGGCAAGAAAGACAGCAGUGCUCAACAAUCAGGAUCACAGUUGGCCUACGGAGAGCUGGAGAAGCAGCUCCUGCAGGCCAAUCCCAUCUUGGAGGCCUUUGGAAAUGCCAAGACCAUCAAAAAUGACAACUCCUCCCGAUUUGGUAAAUUUAUUCGCAUCAACUUUGAUGUGACCGGCUACAUUGUUGGAGCCAAUAUUGAGACUUACCUUCUGGAGAAGUCUCGUUGUAUCAGACAGGCAAAGACAGAAAGGGCCUUCCAUAUCUUCUACUACAUGAUUGCUGGCGCCAAGGACAAGCUGAGAGAGGAGCUUCUUCUGGAGCCCUUCAGUAAUUACCGCUUCUUAAGUGCGGGCCACGUCCAGAUCCCAGGCCAGCAGGAUGAUGAGUUGUAUGAAGAGACAAUGGAAGCCAUGACCAUCAUGGGCAUUACAGAAGAGGAUCGAAUUGAUAUCCUGAAAGUGUGUUCCACAGUCAUGCAGCUGGGAAACAUUGAGUUCAAGAAGGAAAGGAAUCAGGAGCAGGCCACCAUGCCUGAUAACACAGCGGCUCAGAAGGUGUGUCACCUGCAGGGCAUCAAUGUGACAGACUUCACCCGUGCCAUCCUCACGCCUCGAAUCAAAGUGGGCAGAGAGGUGGUCCAGAAGGCACAGACCAAAGAGCAGGCUGACUUUGCCAUCGAAGCCUUGGCCAAGGCUGUGUUUGAACGCUUGUUCCGCUGGAUCCUGGGCAGAGUCAACAAAGCCCUGGACAAAACCAAACGACAAGGGGCUUCCUUUCUGGGAAUCCUCGAUAUUGCUGGCUUUGAGAUAUUUGAAGACAACUCCUUCGAGCAGCUCUGCAUCAACUACACCAACGAGAAGCUGCAGCAGCUCUUCAACCACACCAUGUUCAUCCUGGAACAGGAGGAGUACCAGAGAGAAGGUAUCGAGUGGAACUUCAUUGACUUUGGCCUGGACCUUCAGCCCUGCAUCGAGCUCAUUGAGAGGCCGAACAACCCUCCAGGCAUUCUUGCCUUGCUGGAUGAAGAGUGUUGGUUCCCCAAAGCCACAGAUAUCUCCUUUGUGGAGAAACUCAUGAACACUCAAGGAAACCAUGUUAAAUUUGCUAAACCAAAACAGCUAAAAGACAAGACGGAGUUUUCUAUUCUUCACUAUGCUGGAAAGGUGGACUACAAUGCCACAGCCUGGCUGACAAAGAACAUGGACCCUCUGAACGACAAUGUCACUUCACUGCUGAACAACUCCUCCAGCUCGUUCGUGCAAGACCUCUGGAAAGAUUCCGACAGAGUGGUUGGUCUCGACACCAUCGCCAAGAUGUCAGACACCUCAAUGCCCAGCGGCUCAAAGACCAAGAAGGGAAUGUUCCGCACGGUGGGACAGCUCUACAAGGAGUCGCUCGCCAAACUCAUGACCACACUGCACAAUACCCAGCCUAACUUUGUCCGAUGCAUCAUUCCAAACCACGAGAAGAGGGCAGGGAAGCUGGACGCCCACCUGGUUCUGGAGCAGCUGAGGUGUAACGGCGUGCUGGAAGGUAUUCGAAUCUGCCGACAAGGAUUCCCCAACCGAAUUGUUUUCCAAGAGUUCCGACAACGCUAUGAGAUUCUGGCAGCAAAUGCUAUUCCUAAAGGUUUCAUGGAUGGAAAACAAGCUUGUUGUCUCAUGAUCAAGCAUCUAGACCUGGAUCCAAACCUGUACAGAAUUGGGCAGAGUAAGAUUUUUUUCCGCACUGGAGUUUUGGCCCAGCUGGAGGAGGAGAGAGACCUGAAGAUUACUGUGAUUAUCAUUGCCUUCCAGGCCCAGGCCAGAGGCUUCUUGGCCAGAAAGGCAUUUGCCAAAAGGCAGCAACAACUCACUGCCAUGAAAGUGAUCCAGCGGAACUGUGCCGCCUACCUCAAACUUCGGAACUGGCAGUGGUGGAGACUCUUCACAAAGGUCAAGCCUCUACUGCAAGUAACUCGUCAGGAGGAAGAGAUGAGCCUGAAGGAGGAGGAACUGCAGAAAUCCAAAGAAAAUGCUGCAAAGUUUGAAACGGAGCUGAAGGAAAUAUCCUUGAAGCACACAUCGAUUUUGGAGGAGAGGAAUGCACUGCAAGAGCAGCUCCAGGCCGAAACAGAGCUCUACGCGGAAGCAGAGGAGAUGCGCGUGCGUCUAGCGGCCAAGAAGCAGGAAUUGGAGGAAAUCCUCCAUGAGAUGGAGGCAAGACUUGAUGAUGAAGAAGAACGUUCACAGUCAUUGCUGGUAGAAAAGAAGAAGAUGCAACAGCAAAUGCAGGAAUUGGAAGAACAUUUAGAGGAGGAGGAAGAUGCACGCCAAAAGCUGCAGCUGGAGAAGGUCACUUGUGACGGGAAAAUCAAAAAGCUUGAAGAUGACAUCCUUGUGAUGGAAGAUCAGAACAAUAAGCUGCUUAAGGAGAGGAAGCUGAUGGAGGAGAGGAUUGCAGACUUCAGCGCUAACCUGGCUGAAGAAGAGGAGAAGUCAAAGAACCUCACAAAGCUUAAAAAUAAACACGAGUCUAUGAUCUCAGAUCUAGAAGUCCGCCUGAAGAAAGAGGAAAAGACUCGCCAGGAGUUGGAUAAGGUGAAGCGUAAGCUGGAGGCAGAGUCCAAUGAUCUUCAGGAGCAGAUAGCUGACCUCCAGGCCCAGAUUGCUGACCUCAAAGCCCAGCUGGCAAAGAAAGAGGAGGAGCUACAGAAUGCCUUAGCCAGGUUAGAAGAUGAGACAGCUCAAAAGAACAACGCCCUGAAGAAAAUCAGGGAGCUGGAGGGCCACAUCUCCGACUUGCAGGAAGAUCUCGACUCUGAGCGGGCAGCCAGGAAUAAGGCAGAGAAGAUCAAAAGGGACUUGGGGGAGGAGCUGGAGGCUCUUAAGUCAGAGCUCGAGGAUACCCUGGACAGUACCGCCACCCAGCAGGAACUCAGAGCCAAACGUGAGCAGGAGGUGACCCUACUGAAGAGAGCCAUAGAGGAUGAGAACCGGACCCAUGAGGCUCAGAUACAUGAGAUGAGACAGAAGCACACCCAGGCUGUAGAGGAGCUCACAGAGCAGCUGGAACAAUCCAAACGAGUGAAAUCCAACCUGGAGAAGGCCAAACAAGCUCUGGAGAAGGAGACAUCCGAGUUAACCAUGGAGGUGCGCUCGCUCGCUCAAGCCAAACAAGAUGGGGAGCACAAGAGGAAGAAAUUGGAGGGUCAAGUGACCGAUCUGCAGUCCCGUUUCACCGACAGCGAGAAGCAGAAGACUGAACUGGGAGAACGCUGCUCCAAGAUCACUGUGGAACUGGAGAGUGUGACAAACCUACUGAAUGAAGCUGAGGGCAAGAACAUUAAACUUAGCAAAGAUGUCUCCAGCCUCGGCUCCCAACUCCAGGAUGCACAGGAGCUGCUGGCUGAGGAGACACGUCAGAAGUUGCAGUUCUCUACAAAGCUUCGGCAGGCUGAGGAUGACAAGAACAGCCUGCAGGAGCAGCUCGAGGAGGAGAUGGAAGCCAAGAGGAACGUGGAGAGACACGUGUCUACCCUCAACGUCCAGCUAUCAGACAGUAAGAAAAAGCUUGAAGAAAUGUCAGGGAACAUCGAGCUGCUGGAAGAAAGCAAGAAACGCCUGCAGAGAGAUCUGGAGGCGGCCAACACCCAGUUUGAGGAGAAGGCCUCAGCCUACGACAAAUUGGAGAAAACCAAAAAUCGUCUGCAACAGGAGCUGGAGGACACACUGAUGGAUCUUGACAACCAGAGGCAGAAUGUCUCAAACCUCGAGAAAAAGCAGAAGAAGUUUGAUCAGAUGCUAGCUGAGGAGAAGAGUAUCUCCAGUAAAUACGCAGAGGAGCGGGAUAAGGCUGAGGCCGAGGCCAGAGAGAAGGAGACCAAGGCUUUGUCCCUAGCGAGGGCUAUGGAGGAGGCCCAGGAUGCCAGAGAGGAGCUGGAGCGAGCCAACAAAGCCCUGAGGAUGGAGAUGGAGGAUCUGAUCAGCUCAAAGGAUGACGUUGGCAAAAAUGUCCAUGAGCUGGAGAAGUCCAAGCGAGGUCUGGAGGCCCAGGUGGAGGAGAUGAAGACUCAGCUGGAGGAACUGGAGGACGAGCUGCAGGCGGCUGAGGAUGCCAAACUGCGUCUGGAGGUCAACAUGCAGGCUCUGAAAGCCCAGUUUGAGCGGGAUCUCCAAGGUCGCGAUGAGAUGGGAGAAGAAAAGAAGAGACAGCUUGUCAAGCAGGUCCGUGAGUUGGAGACGGAGCUGGAGGAUGAACGGAAGCAGCGGGCCUCUGCAGCAGCAGCCAAGAAGAAAUUGGAGACCGACAUGAAAGACCUGGAGAGCCAGAUUGAGACGGCCAAUAAGGGACGAGAUGAGGCCAUCAAGCAGCUCCGAAAGAUCCAAGGUCAGAUGAAAGACUUCCAGAGAGAGCUGGAAGAUGCUCGUGCCGCCCGGGAGGAGGUGCUGACUACGGCAAAAGAGAGUGAGAAGAAAGCUAAGGGCCUCGAGGCUGAGCUCAUGCAACUGCAGGAGGAAUUGGCUGCCGCUGAAAGGGCGCGGAAGCAAGCGGAGGCCGAAAGAGAUGAGCUGUCGGAUGAGUUGGCGAGCAACUCGUCUGGAAAGUCUGCCUUAGCAGAUGAGAAGCGUCGCCUGGAAGCUAAGAUCUCCCAACUGGAGGAAGAGCUGGAAGAAGAGCAGAGCAACAUGGAGAUCCUCAACGACCGGCUGAGGAAGAGCACGCAGCAGGCGGACACGCUCAACAGCGAGCUGCAGACGGAGCGCUCCGCCUCCCAGAAGAAUGAGAGCGCCCGGCAGCAGAUGGAACGCCAGAACAAGGAGCUGAAGGCCAAGCUCAGUGAAAUGGAGAACCAGGUCAAGUCCAAGUUCAAGUCGUCCAUCACGGCGUUGGAGGCCAAAGUGGCCCAGCUGGAGGAGCAGCUGGAGCAGGAGAACAGAGAGAAGCAGGCUACUGCCAAGAACGUGCGCCAGAAGGACAAGAAGCUCAAAGACUUAGUGAUGCAGGUGGAGGAUGAAAGGAAACAGGCAGAACAGUACAAAGACCAAGCGGAGAAGGCCAACACCCGCAUGAAGCAGCUGAAGAGGCAGCUGGAGGAGUCGGAGGAGGAGUCUCAGCGAGCGACGGCCGCCCGCAGGAAGCUCCAGCGUGAGCUGGAUGAAGCCACCGAGGCCAACGACGCCAUGAGUCGCGAGGUCAACUCUCUGAAGAGCAAACUCAGGCGGGGAAAUGAGCCCUCCUUUGCCAGCGCUCCACGCCGUAUGGCCGGAGGCCGGAGGGCGGUUGAGGAUGCAUCUGAGGAGGAGGCGGACUCCCAAAGCGACUUCAAUGGAACCAAAUCUUCAGACUGAGACGUGACGUGAAAUCUAAUCGACUAACCCGAUUCUUAUUUGCAACCUUGCUAAAAAUCCAUGUCACGUGAAAAUAUACACUGCCUGGCCAAAGAAAAGCCACACACUGUUUGGUUGGGCUGCCUUUAGCCGUCACAUGAUCACAUCAAUCCGAAGAGUUUAGAGAUGCUGCUGAGUGAAUGUGAUCAAUCCGCCCAUGCCACUGCACCGACACACUAAAUUCACCAUUUAUUUUUUCAAGCCAUUGUCCAUAAGUGUAACAUAAUGACAAGAAGCGGUAUAGUAAAUAAAUAAAGCUAACCCAUUUGUCAGUUUUAAAACCCAAACAAGAACAUUUGUGCUCAUUUUACCACGUGCAUUUUUCCAUCGCUCACCAGUACUGAUGCACUCUAGCACAUUAUAGUUCACCACUGGCAUUCCAGCUUCUAACGCGUCCACCAGCUAGAAUUUUCACGAGUGUAGCAGUUUCAAGUUUUAAUUGGGAGGGGGGGGGGCAGGCGGUGUAUUUAUAUUUCCUGCCAUUUCCAUUAUGGUUUCCUCAAAGCACCUUUUCUUGAUAACACAAUUAGAGGAGUGGUUCUCAACUGGUUUGACUGCAGCACCC